AUGUCAUCCAACCUUCUGGCCACGGCGGCGUCGGCGCUCCCCAACGAACUCGCUCUCGUCGUGAUCGAUCAUCUCGAAGGCAACAACAAGGCCUUAUGCGCUCUCGCUCGGACAUGUCGCGAUAUGCAAAACCUCGCCGAAGAGCGACUCUACAAGCGAAUCGUGCUUCUAUCCGUAAAGGACCUCCACGCCAUCAUCGAAGCCUUCACAUCGCGUCCCGAACGCGUCCGCGCCGUACAAACACUCAAGAUCUUGUAUUCAUACAAAGAUGACAGUUUAAAAGACAGCGCCGAGAUAAGGACGACUUUCAACGAGUGCGUAGCUCGUAUGGUCAACCUGAGGGAGUGGCAUAUUGAGAGCCCGUACGAUAACUUUCAUUGGGAGAACGAUGGUGGAGAGGCUUGGGUCAACGGCGAUAUGCAACGCUUCCGCCGUGCGCUCGACACAGCUUGCGUGGAUGGCCCGAUAGAGACGGACAAGAUCGCGGCUGAACGGCGCUUGGGGAAGAAUCUCGAGCGUACAGUUGGGUUAGGUCUUCUUGAGAACUUGACCAUCCAUUCGCACGGUACUGCUACCGACUUCUGGAACCUUGACGGGUUCCAUUGCCUCUUCCGACACCCCGCACUCAAACACCUUCACGUCUCCUGUGUGGCCUUCCCAGACUCUGAAAUCCCAGAGCUCGCGACACAUACGAAGAGGACUCCUCUGACCUCGCUUGUUUUUGACGAGUGCGAACUGCGGUCCAAAAGCCUGCUCAGCAUCCUUCGCACUCCGGCGCGUCUGAAGUCGUUGACUUUGGGCGAGAAUGUCUUCAACAUUAACCGGUCAAGGCGGGCUAAGCCGUUAUUGAACAAAGACGCAGGCGUAUCACUGGAGGCUCUCUCCGCAGUCGCGCACUCGCUGGAAAGCCUUACACAUCUAAACCCUGGCUGGCGUCUUGACAAAAGCCCUCAGGUGCUCCGCAGCAUACGCCCACCUGGUGAUGGUAUGCGCGAUUUCCACCUUCUGAAGUAUCUUGAAUGCGACACGAACUCCUUCCUACAUCAGGCUAUCAUCAUGAAUCGUGAUCUGGCGCCCCCUAGCCUGGAAACACUUCGAAUCCGUCGGCAUUGGGAUGUUCCGAUCGACUUCUGGGAUCAGCCGCCUGACUUUGAUCACUACGCCGCUCUGCCAUCUCUGGACACACUCGAAUUAUUGCAAUCCUCAUACAUGUGGCUCGACACGGCAAAAUCUGAGUACAUCUGCGAUGAGGAACGUCUUCGCAAUCGCCACGCAAAGGCUUUCAAGCUGCACAAGGCUGGCAUCAACCUGAAGAUGUCGUUGGAACUACACAAAAGCGAAGGCUUGAUACCACCGUACCUGCACAAAGAGCGCGUUCCUAUUAUCGAAUGUUUGUACGAUGCGAGCAUGGAGGGAUUCAAAAGUUUCAUCAGGAAAGAAGUGACAGAUGAAGAUGGAGAGACGAGUGAAUCGCUUGCGAGAGAAGAGGCUGAAACGGACCAACUAAGCGAUGUGGACAUCAGCCUGUUAAAGUCGAAGACGCGUCGUCUUACGCUUACCAUGAAGCACAGCCUCGUGAACCGCGGCCACCGACUCCCAUCAUUCAGGGAAAUAUUCGGCUCAGAUGAUGGAAGCGAAGAAUCGGCCGAUAGCGAUGAGGAUUUCGAGGUCGAUGACCUUGACGAGGAUGACGAUAUGGCGCUCGAUCUUGAGCUAGACGACGAUGUCGUCCAACAGUAUAUCGACGAAGAUGGCAAUCCGGUGUUUGACGAAGAUGGCAACCCUGUGUUCGAGGACGACGGAGAGCUUUUCACAACCGUGUGGGAGGUGGCUACCGAGGACGAGUAUGAUAGUGAUAUGGAUGAGGACACGGGUGAGGAUGACGACGAUGACGAGAUGCACGACGCGUUGGAAACCCAGCAACAGCCCGCGAACACCAGCACCAACGACGACGUUGACUAA